AUGUCAGCUUUUUCACAGACUGAAGAUUUGUUGACCGAAGUGAAAUCUGAAACAAAAUCCAUCUCUUCCGAAACCUCCCCAGUUUAUCUUUCCAGUGCACAGUCAAAAAUACUUGAAGCCAAAGAUCGCUCUCUGCAAACAGAAUCAGACACCUCAGACUAUCUAAAGAGUUCACAGUUUCAAAUAAACCCUGAAGUAUCUACAACAUGCUUACAUACAGCAUCAGGUUCUUCAGAGUAUUCACAUAUAGCACCAUCAGUUGUUCAGUCAGUAUCUGAUGAAAGGGCUGACAUCCUGAAUUUCAAUCACACACUGAAAGCACAUGAGUUAGCACAGGUUAAGGAAGACACACUGUCCGACUUUGGACUUGGGAGCUCACAACACAGCAUUGAUUCCAGCUGGGAUGCUCUGGAGAAGGAGGCAAGGUCUCAGAAAGACAGUAUUGAUGCCCUACACCGUCGGUUGGAACUGUUGUCCUCUUCCGUAGACAAAACCACAUGUGUGUUCCCCACAAAGUAUCAGGACAUGAACAACGCAGAAAUAAUAGAGAUCUAUUGUGAGAAGCCUGAGGGCACUGAGACCAAGAAGUUUCUCUUAGACAAUGGCCGUCUGCAGUUGGAACCAAUUAAACUCACAUUUGGUUUAGCAACAGUGGAACUUUGGCUUGAUGGUAUUCCAUGUGUCGCUGGAGCGAAUAUCGAUGGCUACAUUCCACUCAGGUUUUCUCCGUCCACCAGGCUUCACAUCACAGGACGACCAGCAAACAAAUAG